CGGAAAGACAAGCAGUCUCCGUCAAAACACCCACCCUUUGCUCAAAGAGCACCAGAAAGCAGGAGCUGCGAUCUGCGCCUUUUCUGGCUUUCUAAUCAAUCCCUGUGCGUCGCCGCCUGCGCGACUCUCCAGCCGCCAAAUUGGUCGCGGGCAUCCCUACCUCUUUACGAGCUCCGCUGGAUCGCAUCGACUUUCAAUAUGAACCCUUCUAUACCACCCUCAACGGCUGAAUACGGCGGAGAUGAGGUGUCUGCUAUCGUCCUAGACCCAGGAUUCUCCACGACGCGCGCCGGUUUCGCGGGAGAGGAUACGCCCAAGUCUCUGAUUCCGACAUACUACGGGAAAUAUCAGUCGGGAUCGGAAGAGAGAUACAUAUACGGCGAUGACAUCUACGUUACUCCUCGACCGGGAUUGUCGGUUCACAACCCCAUGAGCAGAGAUGGCGUCGUCGAAGAUUGGGACAUGGCGACCAAAGUGUGGGAAUAUUCGUUCACCUCGAGACUGACGGGGUCGAAGCCCAGCGACCCAUUGUCGAACGGACUCAACGAUGUCCAGAACGGCGAGCUCCCAGCAGAAAUGGAGGGCGUGGAGACGGAAGAGAAGCCUCUCUCAGACACCCCGCUUCUCAUGACGGAGUGCGGAUGGAAUCCUACGAAGGCGCGGGAAAAGACCAUAGAAAUCGCCAUGGAGCAAUGGGGAACACCGGCUUUCUAUCUGGCCCGGAAUGGCGUGCUAGCAGCCUUUGCAUCCGGCAAGGCGUCCGCCUUGGUGGUCGAUGUUGGCGCCUCUAACAUCUCAGUGACUCCCGUCCAUGAUGGAAUUAUCCUGAAGCGAGGCGUCCAGCACUCUCCACUUGGUGGUGACUACGUCUCAUCCCAGAUCCGGGCCCUCUUCAAGACCAACUCCCCCCAGCCGAUAACUAUCACGCCUCAUUAUCUCAUCUCGUCAAAGACCCCCGUCGAGGCUGGCCAGCCGCCGCAGGCAACCUAUAAGACUUUCCCUGCCGAUAAGGCUCCUGAUGCCUCGUACCGCUCGUUGAUCGAAGAACGUACCCUCACCGAAUUCAAGGAAUGUGUCGUGCAAGUCUGGCCCGGUCCAGGAAAGCUCUCCUCCACGGGUCCGAAUGGCGUCGCGAACGAAGAGCUUGCCAAGAGCACUCCAGGACGACCGUUCGAAUUCCCAGACGGCUACAACCAGGUGUUUGGCGCUGAACGGUACCGCGUCGUGGAAUCGUUGUUUGACGCCAAAGCCGCGAUUCCCGACCCUGAAUCUCCCUUCCCCGCGCCCACCCCCGCGCAGACGAUCCCCGAGCUCAUCAAGAACGCACUCAACGCCGUGGAUGUCGAUAUUCGACCUCACCUACUGAGCAACGUCGUCGUGACCGGCGCCGGAAGCCUACACUACGGUUUCACCGACCGUCUCAACCAGGAGCUAUUACAGGCAUUCCCCAGCCCAAGAGUGAAAAUCGCCGCUCCUGGAAACACCUCCGAGCGCAAAUUCGGUUCUUGGAUCGGAGGCAGUAUCCUCGCAAGUCUGGGUACUUUCCACCAGAUGUGGAUCUCGAAGAAAGAGUACGAGGAGCACGGUCCUAACAUUGUGGAUAAGCGGUGCAAGUAAUAAGCUUUCUUUUUUGCCCUUCUUUUCUGGUUUCUUUUAUCCGUUAUGUUAGAGGUUUUUUUUAGUGGGGUUUAUGGAAGUUAAAAAGCCUCUCUUGUUUCUUGUCCAGAUGUUGCGAGUGAUCCAUCAAAGAAUGAACGAUAACAAUGAAAAAAAAAGAGACACAAAAAAAAGGAAUAUUUAACGCUUUACAAAUGGGUAGGAUGUACUGUAUGAGUAAUAAUACCUUUGGUGACUGGUCGGCUUCAAAUAUCAAUCAAUUCAACUGAUAAACACCACUAGCUGUUGAACUUUUUCCUAGCAUGACUUCUACAGAGGUUGUGCGUACCUGUACGGGUCUCCGCCUGAUAUAUAGUUAUAUAUAUAAUUACUUACCAGCGGACAUUUUCAAGUAUAAUAAGCUGUUCAGGAUACUUACAUUGCAUUUUCCAUGA